GACCCUGUGCCUGAUUCACAAUCUGUUUGCCUUGUUCUCUUUUUUCUGCACCGUCACACGUCCUGCCCAACGUCCACCGUCGACUGCUGCACAUGGCAGACGAAGGAAGGACUUAACCUUCACCAGGAGACGGUUCAGACUGGGACAGCGUUGACGGUGUGUGCACAUGUGGACUGCAAGCAGAGGCCCUGCAGCGGGCAGACGUGUCGACCGUGCAGCAUCUGAGAGCCUAAAAAAGGGAAGGUUUCGUGCCGAAGCUGGAUGCUAGGCGGAUGACGAGAUCGCGAAGACGCGGAGCCCUGGAAGCGAGAAAGGGUUGAAAAAGAAAAAAAGUGUCUGGUCCAGCGCGGGACGGGGAGUGGCGAAUGGGGAGAGAGGGACAAAGUGCUGGUGAUCUGCUACGUCGCAUUGCAUAGGCCAAAGCUGCUUGUGCGGAGGGUCGUAGGAAAGCGACCGAGCUUGGCCAGGCGUAAGGAACGUUAGAUACGCUAUGUCAUCUGUUCCACAGUGCCAGUGCCCAAAGCCGAGAUGACGAACGCACUGCCGACAAGUGGUGAGGCGUCUGUUCCCACACAUGUACUUGUUCCACCGAUUCAACGACAGAGAGAUGGACUCCUACACAGGGCACACGAAGCGUCCACUGGGGUUUGGACGUGGCUGAAUCUCAUGUGUCUGGCCGGGAAAUUUGGGGGGAAACAUAUCGAAACCGCACAUCCGGUGGGGCUGCACAGUGCGUGAGCGGAUGCGCACACUCCAAACAAGAAAGAUCUCGGAUCGUGGGCGGGCUGGUCACAGCAGCAGGCUCGUGCUAGGGGAGCAGAAGAAGGCGGAGGAGAAGGAGGAGGGAGAAAAGGGAGACACAGUCGAGACAUGGAAGGAAACUCAUGGAGACAACAGCGCAGGCGGCCAGAGGGAGUUGGCCGUGCGUGUUGCCGUGCACAACCACGAAGCGUCGGAAGGAACAAUCCUCGUAGUCAGCCGUAAUUUACAGGGGCCUUUGGGUGUAACAAACCUUAAAAGACAGGCACCGAGGAGCGGGCGCUUGGAGCGUCUCGCCGUGAAGGUUGAGCACAAGCUGCGUCGCUUCGGGUCGAAUGAGUCGCGACAUCAGCGAGUGCCCGUCGCGCGUGCAGACGGUCGUCGCAGAGGAGGCUCGAUGAGCGCCCGGCCGGCACACGCACAAGGCGGGCCAGCGCCAUCUGGACCGGACCUGGACGCGGGCGUGGGUGAGGGCGGAGAAGGCCUUGCGGGAAGGUUUCUGGCUCUGCGCGACCGCUGAGCAUCCCUGACGCAAAGCCCAGCAAAGCGACCCAAAGGCAUUGGCACGGCCUGAACGCUGCGCUUAGUUCAGAUUAGUUUCGGCUUAGUUUAGCUAGCAUUUUUGCUGCUCUGCAUGGAAACCUCCACGGCCGGGCGAGG